AUGAUGAUGAAGAAGAAGACGAAGAUGAUCAUGAUGAAGAAGACGAAUAUGAUGACGAAGAUAGUGAUAGUGGUAGAGGAGUCGUCUGGUUGUCCCGACCAGGAGGUGUCUGCUAACUAG